AUGGUACAGCAGAUCGCCACGCCCUUUUCAGUAGCCAGGGCAGCUACGACGCAGCAGGUAGACAGGACCGGUCUGGGAACCUGCAGGUCUGGGUUCCAGUCCUGCCUCCAUCCUGGAUUUGCUGUGCGACUUCGGGAAAGUCGCUUGCCGUCUCUGGGCCUCAGAGGGGGUGGGGCUGGGCAUGCGCAGGAAGGGCAGCCGGAUGUAGGCCCUAUUCUCGUUGGUGAGGCCCAGGCUGUGGUGAGUGAUUCGAGAGCUGGGGCGUCCGUCAGAGCUGCUUCCCCCCCCCCCCCCAACCCCUGUGUCCCCCCAGAGCACUUCACGGAGUAUUCAACUUCCGAGUGUUACUUCGAGAACGGGACGGAGCACGUGCGGUUUAUGGACAGAUACUUCUACAACCGGGAGGAGUACGUGCGCUUCGACAGCGACGUGGGGGAGUAUCGGGCGGUGACGGAGCUGGGGCGGCCCGAUGCUGCGUAUUGGAACAGCCGGAAGGAGUUUCUGGAGGACGCACGGGCCGCGGUGGACACUUACUGCAGGCACAACUACGGGGUGUCUGAGCCCUUCUUAGUGCGCAGGAGCGGGACUCUGGACUCUGGGUCAGGAUGCUCAGGUUUUUGCUGGGCCUAGAUGUUCUCUGCAAUUCCCCGGGUUCAGAAUUUCUUCAGUGGAUUGAUCGUCUCUAUUAAUAUUUGAUCUGGAAAUCUUUCUUAAAAUAAAAUUUCUUUAAAGUAAAAUUUUAAAAUAAAAAUAAAGUUUCUUAAAAAUAUCUACACCUAUGAUCUGCUUUUGGAAGUAAUCCAUUACAAAGUAUCCAUUUAUAAUAAGAAAUCUUGCCUGCUAAUUUCUUCCCAUAUCCCUGAAUCCUGAUGAGCUGGGGCUGUGAUAAUUGAGCACCAUGGACUCCUGGCCUACUUCCUAUUGGUUCAGAUUUCUAGUCUUAGAAGGAGCUUAAGUGUCUAACAAGAUGCCCAUUUCUGGCCCUGGGGAGGAGAGGAGGCCUGAGCCUGCUUAUGGAUCAGGUGACAGAGGAGGGGGCUGGGCUAGGAAGACCUGCUGUGGCUCCCUCCCUCAAGAUCUUUCUUC